AUGGAGCGCGGGCUGCACCUCGGCGCAGCCGCCUCGGGCGAAGACGACCUCUUUCUGCACAAGAGCCUGAGCGCCUCCACCGCAAAGCGCUUGGAGGCGGCUUUCCGCUCCACGCCCCCGGGCAUGGACCUGUCCCUGGCGCCGCCGCCCCGGGAGCGCCCGGCGUCGUCCUCCUCCUCGCCCCUGGGCUGCUUCGAGCCGGCUGACCCCGAGGGGGCAGGGCUGCUGCUGCCACCGCCUGGGGGAGGCGGCGGCGGCGCGGGAGGCGGCGGCGGCGGUGGCGGCGGCGGCGGCGGCGGGGUGGGCGUCCCCGGGCUGCUCGUGGGCUCUGCCGGCGUUGGGGGCGACCCUAGCCUGAGCAGUCUGCCGGCUGGGGCCGCCCUGUGCCUCAAAUACGGCGAGAGUGCGAGCCGCGGCUCGGUGGCCGAGAGCAGCGGCGGCGAGCAGAGCCCCGACGACGACAGCGACGGCCGCUGCGAGCUGGUGCUGCGGGCCGGAGGCGCCGACCCGCGGGCCUCCCCGGGCGCGGGAGGCGGCGGCGCCAAGGCGGCCGAGGGCUGCUCCAACGCCCACCUCCACGGCGGCGCCAGCGCCCCCUCGGGGGGCCCCGGCGGCGGCGGCGGCGGCGGCAGCGGCGGGGGUAGCAGCGGCAGUGGCGGCGGCAGCGGCGGCAGCGGCGGCGGCAGCAGCAGCAAGAAAUCCAAAGAGCAAAAGGCGCUGCGGCUCAACAUCAACGCCCGGGAGCGCCGGCGGAUGCACGACCUGAACGACGCGCUGGACGAGCUGCGCGCGGUCAUCCCCUACGCGCACAGCCCCUCGGUGCGGAAGCUCUCCAAGAUCGCCACGCUGCUGCUCGCCAAGAACUACAUCCUCAUGCAGGCGCAGGCCCUGGAGGAGAUGCGGCGCCUCGUCGCCUACCUCAACCAGGGCCAGGCCAUCUCGGCCGCCUCGCUGCCCAGCUCCGCGGCGGCGGCGGCGGCCGCCGCUGCCCUGCACCCGGCGCUCGGCGCCUACGAGCAGGCUGCCGGCUACCCGUUCAGCGCCGGGCUGCCCCCGGCCGCCUCCUGUCCGGAGAAGUGCGCCCUGUUUAACAGCGUCUCCUCCAGCCUCUGCAAACAGUGCACGGAGAAGCCUUAAACACACCCCCGGAAAACACUAGACCGACCCCAAAGCUAGAGGAAAGUGAAAAGCUGCCCCCCACCCCUUUUACUUUGGUC